GGGAGUUCCGGGCUGGCAGGCGGGCGGGCGGGCGGCGGUGUCGGCCGGGCCCCCUCUCCCGCGGCAAGCCCCACCUUUCGGCUUUCCCGCACCGUCAAUCAAAAUAGGAAAAAAAACCCGGAGUAGGCUCGGGCCGCCGCCGCCGCUUCAGCCCGCCGUGAGCACAAUAAGCAUGUCCCCGGCGGCAGCCGCCUAGCCCUAGCCAGCAGGGCCUGUGUGCGAGCCAGCCUGCCUGCCUGCCUGCCUCCCGCCCAGCCAGCCAGCCGGCCGCUCGCACUCACACCAUGACCGCUCCCGAGAAGCCCGUGAAACAAGAGGAAAUGGCUGCCUUAGACGUGGACAGCAGCAGCCACAGCGAAUAUCUCCAGCACGGCAACGGCGCCGCCUCGGCCUCCGCCGGGGCGGCCGCCCCCCAGGACGCGCAGCCGUCACCGCUCGCUCUGCUGGCGGCCACCUGCAGCAAGAUCGGCCCGCCGUCGCCGGAGGAGGAUGAGGCCGCCGCCGCCGCCGCUGCCUCUCACUCUGCCGGAGCGACAGGGGACUUGGCUUCUGUGCAAUUAGGACCUCCAAACAGAUGGGAGGUCUUGUCUGCAGCUCCUACCACUAUAAAGGAUGAAGCUGGUAAUAUAGUACAGAUUCCGGGUGCUGCCACAGUAACUUCAAGUGGGCAGUAUGUCCUUCCUAUCCAGAGUUUGCAAAAUCAACAAAUCUUUUCUGUUGCACCAGGAUCAGAUUCGUCGAAUGGUACAGUGUCUAAUGUCCAAUACCAAGUAAUACCCCAGAUCCAGACAGCGGAUGGUCAGCAGGUUCAACUUGGCUUUGCAGCCUCUUCCGAUAAUAGCAGUAUAAAUCAAGAAACUGGUCAAAUUCAGAUCAUUCCUGGCUCGAAUCAAACCAUCAUUGCCUCUGGAACGUCUUCAGCUAAUAUUCAGAAUAUCUUAUCUGGUCAGUCUGGUCAAGUCCAGGUUCAGGGAGUUGCCAUUGGUGGUUCGUCUUACCCUGGCCAAGCGCAAGUGGUUGCGAACGUCCCUCUUGGACUGCCAGGAAAUAUUGCUUUUGUACCCAUUAAUAGUGUUGAUCUAGAUUCCCUGGGACUUGGCAGUGGUUCUCAAACCAUGACAGCAGGCAUUAAUGCAGAUGGGCACUUGAUAAAUACCGGACAGGCCAUGGAUAGUUCAGAUACUUCUGAAAGGACUGGGGAGCAAGUUUCUCCUGAAAUUACAGAAACUGCCACCGAUAAUGACUUAUUUGUGCCAACGUCAUCUUCAUCACAAUUGCCCGUUACCAUAGACAGUUCAAGUAUAUUGGAACAAAAUGCAAAUGACUUGGCCACAACUAGUGGUCAAGUUCAUGGUUCUGAUCUUCAGGGAAAUUACAUCCAGACGUCAGUCUCUGAUGACACGCAGGCUCAGAACAUUCAGGUCUCCACAGCACAGCCAAUUGUACAACACAUACAGCUACAAGAGUCGCAGCAGCCAACCAGUCAAGCCCAGAUUGUACAAGGUAUUGCGCAACAGACAAUCCACGGUGUUCAGGCAAGUCAAAGUAUAUCUCAACAGGCUCUUCAAAAUCUUCAACUGCAGCUGAAUCCUGGAACUUUCUUAAUUCAGGCACAAACAGUGACCCCUUCUGGGCAGAUAACCUGGCAGACAUUUCAAGUGCAAGGAGUUCAGAACUUGCAGAACUUGCAAAUUCAGAAUGCGCCUGGUCAACAAAUAACUCUGACCCCUGUGCAGACUCUCACUCUUGGUCAAGUUGCAGCAGGUGGUGCGUUAACAUCAACUCCAGUUAGUCUAAGCACUGCUCAAUUGCCAAAUCUACAGACAGUUACAGUAAACUCUAUAGAUUCUGCUGGUAUUCAGCUGCAUCAAGGAGAAAAUGCUGGCAGUCCUGCAGAUAUUAGGAUUAAAGAAGAGGAUCCUGAUCCAGAAGAGUGGCAGCUCAGUGGUGAUUCUACACUGAAUACUAAUGAUCUAACACAUUUGAGAGUACAGGUCGUAGAUGAGGAAGGGGACCAACCACAUCAGGAGGGAAAAAGACUGCGACGAGUAGCAUGUACAUGUCCCAACUGCAAAGAGGGUGGUGGAAGAGGCUCCAACUUGGGAAAAAAGAAGCAACACAUUUGUCACAUACCAGGAUGUGGCAAAGUAUAUGGGAAAACCUCACAUUUGAGAGCUCAUCUCCGCUGGCAUUCUGGGGAGCGUCCAUUUGUUUGUAAUUGGAUGUUCUGUGGCAAAAGGUUCACUCGCAGUGAUGAGCUCCAGCGACACCGAAGAACGCACACAGGUGAGAAGAAAUUUGUCUGUCCAGAAUGUUCAAAACGCUUUAUGAGAAGUGACCAUCUUGCCAAACACAUUAAAACACAUCAGAAUAAAAAAGGUAUUCACUCUAGCAGUACAGUGCUGACAUCAGUAGAAGCAACACCUGAUGAUACUUUGAUUACUGCGGGAGGAACAACACUUAUCCUUGCAAAUAUUCAACAAGGUUCUGUUUCAGGAAUAGGAACUGUUAAUACAUCUGGCACCAGCAAUCAGGAUAUUCUUACCAACACUGAAAUACCUUUACAGCUUGUCACAGUUACAGGAAACGAGACAAUGGAGUAAAUAUUACACAAGAUACCUAUUAAUUGUGGUUAUUUUUAUACAGUAGUGAGAAGAAUAUUGUUCCUAAGUUCUUAGAUAUCUUUUUAUUGAUGUGCAAAAAUUUUUGGAUUGACAGUAACUUGGUUAUACAUGACACUGAAAUGCCUUACUUUGUAUGAUAUUCCAUAGUAUAUUAAAAUGGUAAAAUUGCAUGGGUUUUGUAGGUACUUUUGGAAUCUAGAAGAGAAGAAAUUUUACCAAGUUAUAUUAAAAAAAAAAAAAAAGAAUUUAACGAUGGAAAUGGUAGUCUAACCAAAUGCAUCAAUCCUGUGUGGUUUAGUGUAAAAAAAAAUGAGAACAUGUUGGUAUUUAUCUAUUGUAAGAUAAAAGAAGUUGAUGGGUGAGAAGAAAUCACAUUAUGAUAAAAGAAAUUUUGUAAUUUUCUUGAUGACUGGAAUUUUUAUUAUGCAUAACUGACAAAUCAAGUUUCCAAGCAAAUGUUACAUAGUGUAGGCUUUACUUAGCUCAUCAACUUGUCAUUUUGAAGCUAAUUAUUUUAAUUAGGUUAACUAUGUACAAUAUUUUAAGCAUUACUCUUGUAAGAUUUUGCAAACUACAUUUUAACAUGGAACUCUAGGGAUAGUCACCUUUUAAAUCCUAUUGAAAAGCCAUGUUUAAGAUUUAAUUUGCCAAAAUGAUGUCUUGUUAAUAUUCUUUCAAUAACCAAGGUGGGCAAUAUAACCAAUGUUUAAAAAGCUUAAAAUGUUAAGAAAAAUAAAUAUGUAUAGGUUGAAGCAUUUGGGUGGUAAGGCAGAUGUUACAGUGAAGUAUAUCCCUUCUUUUCAACAUUGGAGGACCAAAAAUAAGGUGUAUUGCGUCUCAGCAGUGAUUUUUAUUAAACCUUUUUCAAAAAAACAUCUGUAUGCCAGGGCCUAAAAGCCAUCAUGUAAAUUACCAGUAAAAUAUAACAUAUGCAAAUAUAAAAGAAAAAUCACUUCCGUAUUGACAGUACUCCCAAACAUAUGGAUAUAGUCAUAGUGAAUUAGGGGGGUUAUGAGGUUUUUAUUUGUUUGUUGUUUAGUUUUUGGUUAGUCAAUCUGCAUUUAAAUAUCAGCCAUCUUUCCUUUUUUGCUUCUUCCCUUAAAAAUUGUAUGUAUCCAGUACAUUUAACUGAUAAACAUAUAUGUUUUUUAUUAUGCUGAAUUUUCUUUUUAUUUUUUAAUUACUGUUUAUAUUUUCAAUUAUAGAAAAUGUACAAAAUGAAGUUAUAUAGCCAGUCUGUAAGUGCUAUACCAUUUUCAAAAAAUGUACAACAAUAAUUACUGCAGUUCACCUAUUUACAAACAUUUGGAAAUCUGUUCAUUUGUUAUUCUUAAAACCACCUCAAAUUUAAAGGCUACCUUAUUGUACGUUUAAGGUGUAUUAUAACAGUGUGGUAGUUAAUAAAACACUAUUUUUUUUUCUUUUGA